GUUUCCUCAACGCUCCCUCGCUCCUCGCUCUUCCUCCACCCUCUUAUCCAGCUUGAGGAGAACAACCACAUCACCUGUUGAUCAUUGCCCACGAUCAAAGGAGAAAGAUCAAUCCAGCUUUGAUUGACGAUAGUUUCUCAUGUACGAUCAAGCCAUUCCCCCAAUAUCUACCCAAUAGCUAUAACUACAUCUACACGCUUCCUCUCCCUCACAGCCCCUGGGUGCCACAGCUAACAAUUCCUCUUUUUCUAGUGUUUUUCUGCUGCCACCCCCUCCACCAUGUCCUCACAGGGGGGAUCCGUGAGAAAGAGGAGAGAUCACUCGACUCCCGCAAAAGCGAAGGAUGCAUCCGCAACUGGCAUUGCAGCUCCUCGCGACGCCGACCUGGACGCCCUGGUCAAAGCCAACCUCGCGAACAAGAGUUCGGGCGUGGAAUGGGACUAUCGAAUAGCUUGUACGGUCCUGACAAUCCUCGGCUUCAUCACCAGAUUCUGGGGCAUCAGCCAUCCGAAUGAGGUCGUUUUCGACGAGGUGCAUUUCGGAAAAGUAUGCAUUCCGAUACACAUCCAAUUCGAAUCGCAGACCACAAGCUAAUCUGUAAGCCUUUAGUUCGCAUCCUACUAUCUCGAGCGAACCUAUUUCUUCGAUGUCCAUCCUCCCUUUGGAAAGCUUCUCUUCGCCUUGAUGGGUUGGUUUGUGGGUUAUGAUGGACAUUUCCACUUCGAGAACAUUGGCGAUUCGUAUGUCGACAACAAGGUGCCAUAUGUCGCCUAUCGAGCCUUGCCAGCAAUUCUGGGCGCGUUGACGAUCCCCGUCGUAUUCGAUAUUAUGUGGGAGUCCGGCUAUACCCUCCCUGCUUGUAUUCUCUCUGCCUGUCUGAUCCUCUUCGACAAUGCACACAUUGGUCAAACUCGCUUGAUCUUGCUCGAUGCAACCCUGGUGUUCGCCAUGGCCUGCAGUUUGUUGUGCUACAUCAAGUUCUAUAAACUCCGACACGUUCCUUUCGGGAGAAAGUGGUGGAAAUGGCUUUUGUUGACCGGUUUCUCCUUGAGCUGUGUAAUUUCAACAAAAUAUGUUGGCCUCUUUGCCUUCGUCACAAUUGGAUCAGCAGUCGCAAUCGAUUUGUGGGACCUCCUGAACGUCAACAGACGACAGGGUCCAUUGGAUCUGCCUGAAUUUGGCAAGCACUUCUUGGCGAGGGCGACAGCUUUGAUUGUAGUUCCCUUCUUCUUCUACCUUUUCUGGUUCCAGGUGCACUUCAUGAUCUUGAAAAAAUCAGGACCUGGAGAUGAUUUCAUGUCGCCAGAAUUUCAGGAAACUUUGAGUGACAACAUGAUGACGGCCAAUGCUGUUACCGUUGAUUACUUUGACAAUAUCCAAAUCAAGCACAAGGAAACCAGCGGUUAUCUCCAUAGCCACCCAGACACGUAUCCGCUUAGAUAUGAUGAUGGAAGAGUUUCCAGUCAAGGGCAACAGGUUACCGGAUACCCAUACGCAGAUGCAAACAAUCACUGGCAGAUUAUUCCCAAUCACGACGGUCAGGAACUUGGACAACCGGUUAAGAACAAUGACGUUGUUCGCUUGAAGCACAUUGUCACCAACACCAUGCUCCUCAGUCACGAUGUUGCAUCUCCUUAUUACCCAACCAACCAGGAGUUCACUACUGCUCCAAUUGAAGAGGCACUAGGUGAUCGCUACAACGACACUCUUUUCGAAAUUCGAAUUGAAAACGGAAAGGCUAGCCAAGAGCUGAAGAGUCUUUCUGGCCAAUUUAAGCUCGUUCAUCACCCAAGUAAGGUUGCCAUGUGGACCCACACAACCCCACUCCCAGACUGGGCUUUCAAGCAACAAGAAAUCAACGGUAACAAGAAUCUUGGUCAAAGCUCAAAUAUUUGGUUCGUGGAUGAGAUCCCAUCGAUCCCAGCGGAUAGUCCUCGAUUAGAGAAGGAACAACGUCAAGUCAAGAGACUUCCGUUCCUCCAGAAAUAUAUCGAAUUACAGAGAGCCAUGUUCUACCACAACAAUGCUCUCACCAGUAGCCACCCUUAUGCAAGUGAGCCUUUUGUCUGGCCAUUUCUAUUGAGGGGUGUCAGCUUUUGGACACAGAAUGAUACCCGUCAACAAAUCUACUUCCUCGGAAAUCCUCUUGGCUGGUGGUUGGCUAGCAGUCUCCUUGCAGUUUAUGCAGGUAUCAUUGCAGCUGAUCAGCUUUCGUUGCGCCGCGGUGUUGACGCAUUGGAUAGACGUGAGUACAAUAUCUGUGUCGCUAUAUAACCUUACUCAUAUUUCUAGGAACCCGAUCUCGUCUCUAUAAUUCUACUGGGUUUUUCUUCCUCGCGUGGGCCAUGCACUAUCUGCCAUUCUACCUCAUGGGACGUCAAUUGUUCUUGCAUCAUUACUUGCCAGCUCAUUUGUCAUCCGCUCUCGUCACUGGGGCUUUGCUUGAAUUUGUUUUCAAUGUCGAGCCCGUUGCUGACGAACAAGCUGUUGCCAAGGGCGGUAAGAAAGCUCAGCAGAAAUACCUACCUGCUCGUGAAAAGCUGGCUGGACAGAAUUUGCUGGCAUCAUGGGCGGCAGCAGGCGUCAUUAUUGCCGUCGUUAUUGGUGGCUGGUACUACUUCUUGCCUUUGACCUAUGGAUACCCUGGUCUUUCCGUGGAGGGAGUUCAAGGCAGAAGGUGGCUCGGGUACGAUUUGCACUUUGCAAAGUAGAAGAUCUCGUCGAUUUAGACGUGUAAGAACAAAAGUUUUGGGUGGGAAAAGGCUACUUGGGGUCGGUUCGCGUUUGAGAUUAGCGUCUGCGUAUGUACGAUAUCCCUGAGACUGUGAAGAUAUUUUGGAAUGUGAUUUUCUUGUAUCGAAUUCUUUUGAUGCAUAUAUUUGUUAUAGCCAUGGUUCACGUGUAAAUAUUGCAUUUCCUUCCUACAGUAUUCACAAUAUUCCGCCACGUCUUACUGACACGUUUGCCACACACAGCAUCCCUUGCUUCAUAUCUACGCACCUUGUCCAGCCCUAUUCAAUUCUUCUCACAGGUCGGUUUUACAUAUCCAGUAGGUCGGGAAAAUCUCUUCCAAGAGCUCUUCUUGCCUUGAAAGUAGUCCAGAGUUUGUUCCAGUUGUCUCGGCUCACGACUCCCUCGACGAUCUCUAAAGUCACAGCCCGCUAUCCAUCGUCGUCCCGGCGGCAAAUACAACCUUAAUUUUCGAAGCCAGAGUCGACCUGGUGCGAGACUUUGACGAGCAAGAACUCGAAGUGUUCGGGCAGUAUGUCCUUCCCGUCACCCCGGAAAACAUGGACAUCCAUCGGGUUUGUUAUGUUGUAGGUCUCAAAUCGACGCCCAAAAGGCCAGUCUCGUGGAGGUGAGGGCUGAUGCUAGGACGUCCAUGGCGUUCAUAGUAAUGUAGUGGAAUACCGAGAUGUGUCGAAAGUUUUCCGACGUUCAAAGUACCUGAAACACUAUGAUCCUGCGGGUACGUUGUUGCGAUGUAUCGAGACGGCUGGUCAAACUGGUUCACAACGUGGACGCCCAUGAUGUUUCUGGCUUGAGCAGCACAUUGUUCCAUUGAAGUAAUGUCAAACCAGGAGCGGCCAUUAUUCGCGUCGUUGAUGAAAACUGAGAGGUGGUCGAGGAGGUUGCGGAAGUCACUGGAGUUGAGAUAUGGGUAAUGUGCUCCUUUCUUAACUAUGCAAACCAUGUUUCCAACCCAAGUAUGGGGACUUCAUCCUGGUCAGCAUCAACUCAAGUACUGAUCUUUGUUGGAUACAACUCACUCGGUCUUCGCUUGAAAUAAGAUGUAGCUCAAUCUUUGCAGCAGCUGGCGAUGGUACUGUAGAUGCAUUUGUUCUUUGGUUGUGUGUCGGUGUUGUCUGGUCCUUUGUGGGGAAACAGGGUAAUCAAAGUGUUUUUGAGAGUUCAGUUGCGAACUGGGUUCGUAGUGACUGGUACGGCAUCAUGGAGAUGACCAAUAUAGUUAGACACGUUCAUCGUUGUUGGUUCUUCUUCAUUGUCGUUGAUUUCAGUUUUCAACCAGAUGUAUUGAGGCUGGUUGGCAUUUUCCUUAAACAGGAUCGCUCAACAUAGGCUUGGGGCAGGUGGCGUGGCAAAUGCCACAAGGGAAGUGCAUACCAGCUGGUGGCCUUUCCUGUCAGUCUGUUGACAUUCUGGAGCGUAGUACAUGGCAUCCUUGCAUUCUGCGCAAGUGAGAGUAGUUGGACACCACAAAUCGUGCAGUUCAUUGCUGAGAUAGGCUGAGCGCCCCCAGCUGCUGCCAUCGUGGGGGUGUGGAGGUGUGGAGUCGUGGAAGUUUAAAGGUGAAGUGGAAGUCGGUAGAGGAGGAAGAGGAAGAGGAGGAACUGGCAGAAAGGGAAGGCAAGCGAGAAAGGCCCCACAAGGCUACAGGAGAAAGGCUGAAAAGCUCAGUUGGAGGUGAGCAUACAGCGUGUAACUGAAAAGCCAAAUAGCAAUAUGUACUGAUACUGUACGAUGGGCUACUAGUAUGAUCUGAAUGAUGUAUCAACCUUCAGAUUGGCUUUAAAGAAGUCUAAAGAACAGAGUUC